UGGCAAUAUAACAUGCCCUUUAAUCAGAUCAACAUCACGAAUCGCUAGGAGACGUCCCUUCAGCUACCUUCUCAGCACUCAGCGCUGCUAUAUAUCCAGCAUCUUUCGUGGACAGUGGCCUCUAAAAUAUCGCUACGCCGCCCCUCACCUUCGUGCUCCCCGUGGUCACUCGUCUUUCCUACUUUCUACCUCAAGAUGUCUUUCUUCAACGGCGUAAAGAAAGCAUGCCGAUGCAUUAUGCAAGGAUGUAGCGAAUCCAACGAACAAACCAACGAAUCUUCAAAACGAUACAAAAACAUCCGUUGGAAAAGAAUAUCUAUUUCAUCGCGGAGUCUUUCGUCCUCAUCCGAGCGCGCAAUUCGGCAGCGGCGGGAAGAAGCACUUCGGGAUAGAGGUUUACUGCCCCCGCUUCGAUCGACGACGAGCAUAUGCGGUCGGGAAUCCCAAUGGGAUGCACGAACGCUUGUGGAAGAGAUGGGUACAGGAAACGAACUGCGCGAGGAUAAGAUAUGGCACGAAGAUGAAGCACGCCCAGUCACGCAAGAUGUACUACAGUGGCUCGCCGAAGUGGAUGCGCACCGAGGGUCCAUGGGAAGCGAUAUAUCAUAUGCUGAAACGAGUUCCAGCCGUGGAGAAGGUUCGGAUAUAUCCGCAGAUAUUACUCUCUCGCCACUGCUGGAUAGGACCCCUGAUGAUUGUCGCCACUCUAUGCGUCCUGGCGAGUGUCGGUCGAACGACGUACAAUCUUCUACACCUUCUUCGCCGUCACUGUGCUCGUCUCUGACUUGUGCCACAGAUUCCUCUUCAGUUUUCGAGAAGGGAUACAAAGAAGGGGUUCAAAUCGGCAGUUCGUCUCCGUUUAUAUUGAGACCAUUACUCGAUAUUACCAUUCAUAGUCACGGCACCAUUAUGACGGAGACCAGUCAUAUUGAGGAUGAUGAAAGUAGGAGAUUGACGGAACUUGCGUACUUGGCAUGACUUUAACAUUGUUGAUUAUGACUGCAUCACGACUGUUUAUUACUUAUAAUACAUAAUUCAGAUUUGUUUUUUCGCCGUG